AUGAAAAGCAAUUCCUUAUCCGCAUCUAGACUCAUUUUGUGCAAAACUUCUCUCCGUUCGGACGUAAAACCUAAAAUGAACCUUCUGACGCUUUCAACUCUCGUUCAUGACGUAGAGACGGAAUAUACGCUACUGGACUCAACCACCGCAGAUCAGUCACUUGUGUAUAACAGCUAUUGGCCGGAAGCAGUGUCAAAUCCUUCCAAGAGCAAUAUAAUGGGACAAUAUGAAGCAGAAUUACCUCCUUGUCCAACUGAUGAUCCACGUGGACUUGCUCGUCGGCUCACAGUCAGAGAAUUUCGUGUCACGCUUCGUCGAUGUGCUGCGGGUCGGGAUCUUUGA